AUGCCAAAAAUCACCUCGUGGAAGUCUGCUUCGAAGAAUAGGAAGCAAUCAUCUGGCGCAGCAGGUGUCAAGAUGAUGCCCAUUGGUGUUCCAAAGGUAGCUUACCGCGUUCCAGGAUCUCAACAAGCGGACUGGGUCGAUAUUUACAAUCGUCUGUAUCGUGAGCGCAUUAUAUUCUUGGGAUCUGAAAUCGACGACGAACUCGCAAACCAAGUGAUUGGUGUAAUGCUGUACCUUGAUUCGGAAGACUCAUCAAAGCCAAUCUACCUCUACAUUAACUCCCCUGGAGGCUCUGUGAUUUCUGGUUUGGCAAUUUUUGACUGCAUGCAACACAUCAGAUCGGAGGUCAUUACGAUUAACCUCGGUCUUGCAGCGAGUAUGGCUAGUUUCAUCUUAGCUGCGGGAAGCAAAGGCAAACGGCUUGCAUUGCCGUCAUCAAGAACCAUGAUCCAUCAGCCCAUGGGGGGAGCCCAAGGACAAGCUGAGGAUAUCAAGGUCGAAGCUGCUCAAAUUAUGAGAAUCCGGGAUAAUCUUGUCAAAAUGUACUCGAUGAUGACUGGACAAACUCAAGAUCAAAUUACCAAUGAUCUUGACCGUGACAACUUCUUGGGUGCAUAUGAAGCCAUGGAAUAUGGUCUUGUAGAUCGAGUGCUUGAAUACAACAAAGAGACGGACACGCAAUUGUAG